AUGUCUUGGGCAGGAUUCAAGAAAAAUGUCAACCGCGCGACAACGCAGGUGAUGAUGAAAACAGGACAUGUCGAGAGAACGAAUGACCGGGACUAUGAAAUCGAGGAGCGACGAUAUCGGACCAUGGAGGCUGCGGCAAAUCGACUGCAGAAGGAGGCAAAGGGAUAUCUGGAUUCGUUACGAGCUAUGACGGCUUCUCAAAUGCGCAUUGCGGAGACGAUUGAUGCAUUUUACGGCGAGGCCGGUACUCGGGAUGGUGUGAGUAGAAGCUACAAGCAAGCUGUGGAGGACUUGGACGCCGAGACGAUCAAAGCAUUGGAUGGGCCGUACAGAGCAACCGUACUCGACCCCAUUUCGCGCUUCUGUGCGUACUUCCCCGAUAUCAACGAGUGCAUCAAGAAGCGGAACCACAAGUUGCUGGACUACGACGCUAUGCGAGCGAAAGUGAAGAAGUUGGUCGAGAAGCCAGACAAGGAUGCCACCAAGCUGCCCCGGGCGGAGAAGGAGACCGAGAUGGCCAAGCAAGCAUACGAGCAGCUUAAUGAACAGCUGUUCACGGAACUUCCACAGCUCAUCGAUCUGCGUGUGCCGUAUUUGGACCCCAGUUUCGAAGCCUUGGUCAAGAUUCAACUACGUUUUUGCGCCGAAGCAUAUUCGCGCAUGGCUCAGGUGCAGCAAUAUCUCGACGCUGAGACAAGAGAUCAAUACGCCCGCGGCGAUUUGGAUAACAGGGUAGAAGAAGUUCUGCAAGAGAUCCGGGACCUGAGUAUAGCGGGAACUGUAUGA